ACACAUCUUUCCCUUGUUCUACACCCAAGUUCUGUGCAUAAACUCUCCCUCAUUUGUUAAUACUACUUCUAUUGGUUCAUUGUCGCUUUAGAGAAAAAACAAAGAAAAUCAAUGGCAAAAACACCAGAGGAAGAGCACCCCAUCAAGGCGGUUGGAUGGGCAGCCAGAGAUUCUUCUGGCGUCCUUUCACCUUUCAAAUUCUCCAGAAGGGCAACUGGAGAAAAGGAUGUAAGAUUCCGAGUUCUUUACUGUGGGAUAUGCCACUCGGACCUUCACAUGGUCAAGAACGAAUGGGGCACAUCCAUAUACCCACUUGUCCCUGGGCACGAAAUUGUUGGGGAAGUGACAGAAGUGGGGAGCAGAGUGAAGAAAGUUAAAGUAGGAGACAAAGUGGGAGUAGGAUGCGUUGUUGGUGCAUGCCACUCCUGCGAGAACUGUAACAAUGACCUUGAAGUUUACUGUCCAAAAAUGAUAUUAUCCUACGGUGCGUGUUACUACGAUGGAACAGUUACAUACGGAGGCUACUCAGACACCAUGGUAGCUGAUGAGCGCUACAUCCUCCGAUUCCCUGAAAACAUGCCACUUGAUGCUGCUGCUCCUCUCCUUUGUGCUGGAAUCACAGUUUAUAGCCCAUUGAAAUAUUAUGGGUUAGCAGAGCCAGGUAAACACAUUGGGGUUGUUGGCCUUGGUGGGCUUGGUCAUGUGGGUGUUAAAUUUGCCAAAGCUUUUGGAGCAAAAGUGACGGUAAUUAGUACCUCCUCUAGCAAGAAAGAUGAAGCUUUGGAACAUCUUGGUGCUGACUCAUUUUUGCUUAGCUCUAACCAAGAACAAUUGGAGGCUAGCCUAGGCACGUUUGAUGGUAUACUAGAUACAGUAUCUGCUAUGCAUUCGAUUUUACCCUUAAUUGGUCUAUUGAAAUCACAUGGAAAGCUUGUUAUGUUGGGUGCACCAGAGAAACCGCUUGAGCUACCCGUCUUUCCUCUACUGAUGGGAAGGAAGAUGGUUGCGGGUAGUGCAACCGGAGGAAUGAAGGAAAUUCAGGAGAUGAUAGACUUUGCGGCAAAACACAACAUCACAGCAGAUAUUGAGGUUAUUCCAAUAGACUACGUUAACAAGGCAAUGGAGCGUCUUGCUAAGGGUGAUGUCAGAUACCGAUUUGUCAUUGACAUUGGAAAUAGCUUGGCUUCUUCCAACUGAAGACAACCUCAAUCAAUCGGCUUGUCUUAGUUUUCUUGUAUUUGUGUCAAUGGAUUUUUUUAAAAUAUUGCUCAAGUUUUGCUUUUAUCUCGAGCAAAACAUGAUUGUCCUUAUAAUUAAUAAACGUCGAAUAAGAAAAUAUUUGAAUUUUUCUAUUUAUCUACU